UUUCUCCUCGCGCGGAGUAGAAUUGAUUUUUGUCAGUGUGGGGGCGGAGACUUAUGCUAAUAUGUUCACUGGUAUGAUUGGUCACUUUAAAUACGAAGCCCAUACACUUGCUAUGCCUUCUAAUGCCAAUGUUCUUGUUAGCUAAGGGAUGAUAUGGAGACAAGUUGUGAGCUGCCUACCGGAGACAAGUGAGGAGCGAGGAAAAAGUGGCUCUUCGCGAGCGAGGAGAAAUAUUUUGCGAGCGAGUAGAACUAGCUCGCGCGCGGCUCAUGGUUUUACUCUCGGUGUUGAAAUUUGCGUGCGUGAAAGUGGUUUUGUGCUCGCGCAUUGAAUGUCUGCUCUCGUGGCUGCUUGUUUUACUCGCGCAGUGAAUAUCUGCUCGCGCUGAUUAUUGGCAUUAAAUUGACGCCAUAGAAAUCAGACAUCACUCUGUUCUGCAGACAUGCCACAUGUUCUCUGUCUCCUGCUCUUCGUGCUGUCCUGCACCAAUUCUGUGACCUGCUCGCUCAUAUUCGCCACAACGGGCAAGGACGUCACACUCCGCUGCCAGUGUUCCAAGAACCGGAACUGUCACGAGGGGGUUAUCCGCUGGGUUCGAAUGGACUCGAAUGAAUCACUGCAAAUUAUAGAUAAUAAAUGUGAGCAAUCGCACUGCCGAUUCGCCAACAAAACAUUAAAUGGCACUCAAGUUGUACUCCUGACGAUUGCUCAGGUUGAACCAGGGGAUUCUGGUCGAUAUUACUGCGUAGAGCACAACAAACGCGACAUCCAAUUUAACGACAACGGAACCCUUUUAAUGGUCGGAGAUGUCUGGACAGACAGCAGUGAAGUGCAUUUGCUGAAUGAAUGGACGGGUGAGGGUGCAAGCCCAGAGCUGGAUUGGAGUGAAGCUCAAACACCAAACAGUAGUCAAGAGUUUAUAUUUGAAUGGAGGAAUGAGACUAAUGCGAGUGCCCUUCUGGAUGUACGGCACACUGAGUUGCGCUGUGUAGUGACCAGACUCAGUGCCCCCUGGGUAAAUAUCUACUGGCGGUCGACCCGCGAAUCAUGGAAAAAAACUGGCCAGACCUGGUCUUUGACAGACAACGAGAGAGGGUACAGGAUAGAGAGCCGGUUGCGAAUUGGACUAAAAGUGAAGUCUGGCAGGGAGGAUGAGGGGAUGGAUUUGGAUAAGAUGGUGGAAAUGGAUGAAGAAUUGUGGUGUGAGGUCCAGGUUGGGGUGGAUGUCUCUUUUCAGAGCCUAAAUUUUUCAUUCCGUCAGCAAACCCAUACUGACCCUGGUUGCCAGGGGCGACAUAGCUCAGGAGAAUGGUGCAAUGGACUCCGAUAUGGUGAAAUAGCCCUUUGUGUGCUCUGUGUGUGUCUUCUCACCCUGCUCAUCUGUGACUGUCUCCGCCACCAGCACAAAGGUUCAGAACCGCCAGCGACCGAAAUGUCAACAACAUUGGACUCUUGCAGAGAUGUUGUCUUAUCAGACAUCAACUAUGCUCAUCUGGAUUUAAAGAAUCAACCCAAGACAGAGAGAAGACAAAGACAGAAGAGCAGACAGGAAAACAGUCAUGAAGACGGACUGGUGUACAGCGAAGUGGGACACAAACAUGUUUGAAGAUUACAGCAUGGGUUAAAGAUGGAAAGAGACAUUCACAUGCCUUCAGAAGAAGAAAUACAGAAAGUCUCACUGAUACUACAGGAACUCCCCAGGGAAAAAAGGACAGAAAGGCAAACAAAGACAGGCAGAUCUGUCCAGUCAUUUAGGUUUUGAAUAUCUUGUGUUUGUCUCUCAGUGUAAACUUGCAGUGUUUGUGAUUUUUUCCAGACCUCCUAAUUUUGGGGAUGCAUUAACAGAAAUGCAUGUGUCUAUAAGAGCAGUGCUUCCUAAAGAAUUAUUUUGACCUAUGAUCUAUCACUUGAAGAUCUUUUUUUCUGCAGCAUACCAAAAUGAUACAAUGAAUAUGCUACUUGUCGCAAUGUUGCCUUAUUAUCCUGCUGAUCAAUGAGAAAUGCGCGAAAUGUGCUGAAUUUAUCUAAAGUGAACUGUUUGGUCAAUUACUUUUUUUACUUAGCUCAUGUUUUAUGCAAUGAAUUAGUCAUUUAAAAUUUUCAUGUUUUUUUUCUCACCCCAAAAUAAAUUCCUGUGACGCUAACUGUGCAUCGUGUUUCUGCUGUCUGGAAA